GAGGCGACGGUGCUCGCGAAGCUCCACCACCCGAACAUCGUCCACUUCUACGGCGUCGUCAUGCACGCGCAGCACGUUUUUGUGGUUACGGAGUACGUGCCGCGGUCGCUGACGAAGCACCUCGACCUCGUCAAGGCCGGCGGCGGCCUCGAGCUCCGGGGGCCCUACUGCGACCUCGCGCUCGGCGUCGCGCAGGGCGUCGCGUUCCUCCACUCGCGGCGCACGGCGCACCGCGACAUCAAGCCGUCGAACGUGCUCGUGGACCCGCCGGCGCUCGCGAAGCUCUGCGACUUCGGCCUGUCCAAGUCCGCGGACGCCAAGGCCAUGGUCACGUGCACGACGGGCGUGGGCACGCCCGCCCCGGGCGCCGACUUCGCGUCGCCGACGGACGUCUUCGCCUACGGCAUGCUCCUCGUGAGCCUGUGGAACUGCCUGCCGCCCUUCGCGACGUCCGACGACGACGUGCCGCCGCCCUUCGUGGUCAUGUCCAAGAUCGCCAACGGCGAGCGGCCGACGCUGCCGCCGGGCAUGCCGCGGCGCCUCGCGGCCGUCGUCGAGGACUGCUGGGCCCAGGACCCGGCCGCGCGGCCGACGAUG